GGCUUGGUAACUGAAUUUAAGAGGGGAGGUAGAGGGAAAUGUCAAAAUGUACCCUAAGGUUUGGAAAUAUAAGGCUGGACUAUUCUUGUCACUGACAAAUAUAGUAAAGUAGAAAAUAGCUGGUGUUUUUAUUUUGAUUGGGACAUGUGAGUUCAGUAUCUACUGUGCCCUUAGAAAAUUGUCAGGGACACUUCUGGGUUAGAUGAUUAACCCAGGAGUCAUUCAGCCAGUAUGUGUCAAAGGCAGGUUUGGAACCCAGAUGUUCCUCUCUAUCCACUACAAAUUGCUUCUCAUCUUCAUGUUUACAGAUGAAGAAAAUGAGGUACAGAGUCAUCAGUGUUUUGCCCAGAAUCAUGCAACUAGUGAGUGUAGGUACCAGAAUUUGAAUCUAGGUCUUCUGACCUGAGAUCUGGACCAAACUUGAUCUUAGCAGCAAUAUGGCUUGGUUUUGGACUGGGACUCUACUGAAAAAUGACUAAGCCACAAAAUUUGGACUUGUUGAGUUUGAGGCGGGGCUAGGUAUUUAGGGGAGUUUUCUUUCCCUUAGGCACUUGGGAAAUAUUGGUCUAGAGCUCUGAAGAGAGAUCUGGGUGGGAGAAUAGGAUUUGGGCUGCAUCAGCUUGGAGAUGAUUGAAGCUGUGGGAGUGAAUGAGAUCACUCAGGGAGCCUAGAGAUAAAAAAAAGAAGGCGGAGUCUGGGGAACACCCACUUGAAGGGUGUUGGGAAGAUGAGGAGACCAAGGAAACAUGCUAAGAAAGGAACGCCUCAGAAAUAUGACCCAACAUUCAAGGGCCCCAUUUACAACAGGGGCUGCACCGAUGUUAUCUGCUGUGUGGCCCUAUUCAUAGCCAUUGUGGGGUAUGUGGCUGUGGGCAUUAUAGCUUGGACCCACGGAGACCCCCGAAAGGUGAUUUAUCCUACAGACAGCCGUGGCCAGUUCUGUGGGCAGAAGGGGACACCUAAUGAGAACAAGCCUUUCUUGUUUUACUUCAAUAUCCUGAAGUGUGCUAGUCCCUUGGUGCUGCUCGAGUUUCAGUGCCCAACCACGCAGAUCUGCGUGGAGAAAUGUCCCUCUAGAUAUCUUACCUAUUUACAAGCCUCUGACAACUCCAAGGACCUGGACUAUUAUAAAAACUUCUGUGUUCCCGACUUUGACCAGAGUAAAGCCAGGAAGAGUAAAACAGAGGUUCUUAGGGAUGGAGACUGCCCUGCCGACCUCACACCUAGCAAACCUCUGGCUCGUCGAUGCCUCCCAGCAGUGGAGACCCAUAAAGGCAUCAUCACUGUGGGCAAUGAGACUACAUUCGAAGAUGGUUGGGGCCAGAAGAGAAAUGUAUCCGAGCUGGUGGAGGGAGCCAAGAAGGCCAAUGUGGUGCUGGAGGCAAGGCAGUUGGCUAUGCGUGUGUUUGAGGAUUACACUGUGUCCUGGUAUUGGAUUCUCAUUGGCCUGGUGAUUGCUAUGGCUCUGAGCCUCAUCUUCAUCAUCCUUCUUCGAUUCCUGGCUGGGAUUAUGAUCUGGAUUAUGAUAGUCAUGGUCAUCUUGGUGCUGGGCUAUGGGAUCUUUCACUGUUACAUGGAGUAUGCCCGACUCCGAGGUGAAGCGGGUUCUGAUGUCUCCAUUGUGGAUCUGGGCUUCCAGACUGACUUUCGGGUAUAUCUACAUCUAAGGCAAACCUGGCUGGCCUUCAUGAUCAUCCUGUGUGUGCUGGAGCUCAUCAUAAUCCUCUUGCUCAUCUUCCUGAGAAAGCGUAUCCUCAUUGCCAUUGCUCUCAUCAAGGAGGCCAGCAGGGCUGUGGGCUACGUCAUGACCUCCCUGCUGUACCCACUGUUUACCUUUUUCCUCCUGUGCCUCUGCAUCGCCUACUGGGCCAGCACUGCCGUCUUCCUGUCCACGUCCAAUGAGGCUGUCUACAAGGUGUUCAACAACACAGCGCCCUGUUCGGCCGUUGGACAGACCUGUAAUCCUGAGACUUUCCAAACUUCCAAUGUGACAAAGUUGUGCCCUGAUGCUCGAUGCCAGUUUGCCUUCUACGGUGGAGAGACUGGCUAUCAUCGGGCUCUGCUUGGCCUGCAGAUCUACAAUGUCUUCAUGUUCUUCUGGCUAGCAAACUUUGCACUAGCUUUGGGCCAGGUUACAUUGGCUGGAGCCUUUGCAUCCUACUAUUGGGCCAUAAACAAGCCAGAUGACCUUCCUGCCUUUCCUCUCUUCUCUUCCUUUGGCCGGGCACUCAGGUACCAUACGGGUUCCCUGGCAUUUGGUUCCCUCCUACUUGCCAUCGUGCAGGUAAUCCGAGUGAUACUCGAGUACCUGGACCAGCGGCUCAAAGCUGCAGAGAACAGGUUUGCCAAGUUCCUCAUGACCUGUCUCAAGUGUUGCUUCUGGUGCCUGGAGAAAUUCCUCAAAUUCCUCAAUAGGAAUGCCUAUAUUAUGAUUGCUAUCUAUGGUACCAACUUCUGCACGUCUGCCAAGAAUGCCUUCUUCUUGCUCAUGCGGAACAUUAUUAGGGUAGCUGUCUUGGACAAGGUCACCGAUUUCCUUUUCCUCUUGGGGAAGCUUCUGGUUGUGGGUAGUGUUGGAAUUCUGGCAUUCUUCUUCUUCACCCACCGAAUUAAGAUUGUGCAGGACACAGCACCCCCCCUUAAUUACUACUGGAUUCCCAUUCUGACGGUGAUCAUCGGCUCUUACUUGAUUGCUCAUGGCUUCUUCAGUGUUUAUGGAAUGUGUGUGGACACUCUGUUCCUCUGUUUCUGUGAGGACCUGGAGCGUAACGAUGGCUCCCCCGAGCGUCCAUACUUCAUGUCCCCUGAGCUGAGAGACAUCCUGCUGAAGGGGAAUGCUGAGGCCGGGAAGAGUGAACCACAGGAGGAAUAGGGUGUUCUUGGGUGUGGGGGUGUUCUGGGCCCCCUCCCGACCCAUGGGGUGCCAGCGAUAUGUGUUUGCAGGCUGGGAACCAGGCGAGGGCCCAAGGCUACUUUUUUCACUCAGGAUGUGGUGGGGUGAGGGCACAAAAACCUGAAGCCUCCAUGGUUAGGGGCCAGGAAGAAGGCUGGUUUGUUUGUGUCUAGGGUGAACUGUCAACCCCUAGGCCUCUGGCCUGCUCCUUGACCCUCAUGUCCUUAUCCGCCAGCCAAUGCCUGCCCCCCCCCCCCGUCCCGUCCCGUCCCGUCCCCUAAGAUCUGUGCCCUCUCAUGGACCCCCCUCUCCUGGGCCCUCUCUCUGCAGUGGAGGACCUGGAGCGGAAUGAUGGCUCCGUGGAGCGGCCAUACUUCAUGUCUUCCAACCUGAAGAAGCUCUUAAACAAGACCAACAAGAAGCUAGCUGAAGCAUAGGCCUUCUCCUGGCUGCAAUGGAGAAGGGGAGAGAGGGUGGUUUACAUUAGGGUCAGUACAUGCCAUGGUCCUCUGAGGGCCUCUGCCCCCCAUUAACCUCUGCCAACUCCCAAGAUGGAGCCUGAACCCCACCCAUCCUCCCCUGGUCUGUUUGACAAAGGGGCCUCUCUUCUGCACUAAUGGUUUACACUCUUAGGGUCAGGCAGCCAGUCUACCAAAUCCACCUCCCCCCCAACGUUGGGCCCCUUCUUUAGUGGACUCAUUUCCAUCUAGGAGACUUGGCAGUCACAUCCUCAGUGGGUCACUUCUGGGGGGAUGUUACUCUUGUGCCCAGAGAUCUCCAAGAAGGGAGAUGUUCUCCUCACUCUUCUCUUGGUUCCCUGAUCAAGAAGGUUUUCUUCUUGUCCCUUUUGGCUGAAGGCCCGGCUCUUUCUCUUUCACCUUGAGGGUGAGGAGGCUGAGCCUACUAGAUUUCAGUCCUGAGAUCCACCUGGUUCCAAAGGCCAGUUUGCAAGAGUGAAGGGGAAUGUUAUUAACUUAUUCUGCUGCUUUAAAGAUGACUUUUUUUUUUAACCUACUCCUCUGGUCAAUGUCCUUACCUGAAAACGGUCUAUUUUUCUGACCCAUUUCAUACUUGUGGGGGAUAAAAAAAAAAUCUCUUGAAUUUUGCAUAUCUAUUCCUGUUCUCAGGCUCAUAGGCCAGGGUUGGGUGUGGGGAAUGACUGGACCUGUCAAGUGGGGUAUGUAUGUGUUUGUGUGUUUGUAUGUGUGAGACAGGUGAGAGCUAUCUUCCCUCCCUUUUGUACCUGUAUAUCUGCUUUUGGCAUGAUUCAAGUUGGUUAGUAGGGGAGAUAGUGAAUAUGGGGCCAGAGGCCCUUUGUUUUCAUCUUUCUCUCCCAGGGAAAAGGAGAGGGGGAAGGGUGCAGGGAGGCAAGGGCCUCAUGGAGUGAGGCAGGCUUAGAAAUGUUGGACUGGGGAGGACUUUGAAAACUAAUAGCCUUUUAAUGGAAACCUGAUGGAAGGACUGAGAAGGCUCUCCUCCCUCAUUAUUGGUAUGGCUGGGAUCCCAAGGGCAUACUCUUCAUUUGAAAGGAGGAAGGCUGACAAGGAAAGGGAACAGAGAGGUAGUACUGGGUAAAUGAACUGUCUCUCUCUCCCUGGGCCCUAGGGCCAGGCUCAGCUAAUCAGAUUGCUUUGUUUGACUUGCUUAUCUCAACAUAGGCUUUCUUGAGCUUACUGUUUUUAUGUCCUGAAAUCUUAUUCCCACCUAGUAAGCUUUAUUUCAUUUUCCCAAAGAGGGAGUAUUUCCCCACCUUGGGGCCUCCCACAUCCUGUGCCUGCUCUGAGACGACUGUCUUCCACCCCCCCCCCCCCAACUCUGUGUCCCCCAGAUUCCCUCUUCCCUCUGUCUAACUGCAUUCCAACCAUUAAUAAAAGUGCCUAUUUGUACCAGGAA